UUUUCUUGCCGCUUUUCAUUGAAACACUUUUGUAAUUACAAAGAAACAGCGUCGUAUUCGUCAUUUUCUUUUUAAUUUGACGCAUUCAAAAGAAACCUUACAACAGCACCUUGAUAAAAUCCAAACUCUUCUGUCAUCUUUAAUCCUCCAACUGCUACUCCACCCUCUUCUUCUAAGAUUUCUUCUUUGUUAAUUUCCCUGCAAUUCUUGUCAUUUUCUUCUUGCAGUCUCUCUUUUCUCUCUGUUCUCCCAGAGAAGAUAAGAAGAGCAAAAGGAAAAACACUAUGGCGUUUGUUCCUACUGUCUUGAAGAUUUUCUCUGUUAUUGUUUUCUGGGUUUUGGUUUUGGAUUGCUUUUUUGUCAAGUUGGGAUCUCGGGCUCAAGUCUUGCCUCAAGAUGAAGUGGAAAUUCUUCAAACAAUAUCUACGAAAUUGAAGAGCCCCUGGAGCGUCACCCAAGAUUCUUGCAGCAAAGAAGAGUGGAAACGGAUCAUCUCGGAUAACAACAUUCUAAGUAAUGUUACGUGCAAUUGUUCAUUUGAAAACGGCGCCGUUUGUCACGUUACAAAUAUCCUGCUGAAGGGUUUUAACUUGACUGGAGUUCUACCCACUGAAAUUGGAAACCUUACUUUUCUGGUUGAACUUGAUCUCACUCGUAACUAUCUCAAUGGAACAAUUCCUAAAAGUCUUGCUUGGCUCCCUAACCUUCGGAUAUUGUCCCUUCUGGGAAACCGUCUCACUGGUCCAAUUCCUGAUGAAAUUGGCAACAUUGCUACACUGGAGAAAAUGGUCUUGGAGGAUAAUCUUCUUGUAGGACCUCUCCCUUCAAACCUUGGAAAUAUGAGGAGCUUGAAGGAACUCUAUCUUUCUUCAAACAAUAUCACAGGAGUGAUACCAGUUUCAUUUGGCAAUUUAAAGAACUUAACUGACUUUAGGAUAGAUGGGAAUGAACUCUCAGGUAAAAUACCUGAAUUUAUCGGGAAUUGGACAAAUCUUGAUAGAUUAGAUUUGCAAGGAACAUCCCUGGAGGGUCCUAUUCCUGCUACCAUAUCACUGUUGACGAACUUAACUGAAUUGAGAAUAUCCGAUUUGCAUGGAACAAGUUCAAAUUUCCCUGAUCUUAGCGCUAUGACAAAAAUGCAGAGAUUGAUACUGAGAAAUUGCUUAAUCACUGCUACAAUCCCGGAAUACAUUGGAAAUAUGGCAGACUUAAAAGUUUUAGACCUUAGCUUCAAUAAGUUGACAGGCUCAAUUCCAGGCACAUUUUCGAAUUUGCAAAAAAUAAAUUAUAUGUUUCUGACUAAUAACUCGCUGACCGGAACACUACCUGACUGGAUAUUAAGCAGGAAGCAGAACUUGGAUGUAUCUUACAACAAUUUUACGGGGUCAGUUACAAGCGGUUGCCAGCUGCCAGAAGUGAACUUAGUUUCUAGUUUUUCACCUUCUGAGAGCAAUGAGAUUUCCUGGUGCUUGAGGAAGGACCUUACCUGCUCUGGGAAACCUGAAUACCAUUCAUUGUUUAUAAACUGUGGGGGAUCCAAGAUGAGCUUCAACAAUAAUGAAUAUGAAGAUGACUUAACUCCAGGGGGGGCAUCUGCCUUUAUUUCUGUAGCAGAGAAAUGGGCUUAUAGCAGUACUGGACUUUUUGUGGGCGAUGAUGGUGCUAAUUUUGUAGCAAGAACAAGUUUUGGUACAAAUGUGACUGGAGCAGGAUUGUAUGAAUCUGCCCGCCUUGCUCCUCAAUCACUCAAGUACUAUGGCUUAUGUAUGCGGCAGGGCAGCUAUAAUGUGAAGCUUCACUUUGCUGAAAUCAUGUUUUCCAAUGAUGAGACAUUUAGCAGCCUUGGAAGACGCAUAUUUGAUGUAUCAAUUCAAGGAAAUGUAGUUUUGAAGGAUUUCAAUAUUAUGGAGAAAGCUGGAGGAGCUGGUAUUGGUUAUGUUGCAGAAUUUGAUAAUAUUACCGUUAAUGGUAGCACAUUGGAGAUACAUUUAUAUUGGUUGGGCAAAGGUACUAAUGCAAUUCCAGUUAGAGGUGUCUAUGGACCUCUCAUAUCAGCUAUUACAGUGACACCAAACUUCAAGGUUGAUGAUGGAGGAGGGUUGCCGGUUGGAGCUAUUAUUGGCAUUGUAGCUGCUUCAUGUCUGGUUGUUGUGCUGAUCUUGAUAGUCCUCCGAUUGAAAGGUUAUUUAGGAGGGAAGGACCUUGAAGAUAAAGAACUUCGUGGACUAGAUCUCCAGACUGGUUAUUUCACUCUAAGACAAAUUAAACAUGCUACCAACAAUUUUGACGCAGUAAAUAAGAUUGGAGAGGGAGGAUUUGGGCCAGUGUACAAGGGAGUGCUGUCAGAUGGUGCAAUAAUUGCUGUUAAGCAGCUCUCAUCAAAAUCGAAGCAAGGGAACCGUGAAUUUGUGAAUGAGAUAGGCAUGAUAUCUGCGUUACAACAUCCUAACCUUGUGAGGCUGUAUGGCUGCUGCAUUGAAGGAAACCAAUUGUUGCUAGUCUAUGAAUACAUGGAAAAUAACAGUCUUGCUCGCGCACUUUUUGCUCAUGAGGAUCAACGACUUGAAUUGGACUGGCCAACAAGAAAGAAGAUAUUGUUGGGUAUUGCAAAGGGAUUAGCUUAUCUCCAUGAGGAGUCAAGGCUGAAAAUUGUACACAGGGAUAUUAAGGCUACCAAUGUGCUUCUUGAUAAGGAUUUAAAUGCUAAGAUAUCAGACUUUGGUUUAGCCAAGCUUGAUGAAGACGAGAACACUCAUAUCAGCACACGAAUAGCUGGAACAAUAGGUUAUAUGGCUCCAGAAUAUGCUAUGAGGGGUUACUUGACAGAUAAAGCAGAUGUUUACAGCUUUGGAGUUGUUGCUCUGGAGAUUGUAAGUGGGAAGAGCAACACCAAUUACAGACCAAAGGAGGAGUUUGUUUAUCUUCUUGAUUGGGCUUAUGUGUUGCAAGAGCAAGGAAACCUUCUGGAACUUGUGGAUCCAAAUCUAGGAUCAAACUACUCAAAGCAAGAGGCAAUGAGGGUUCUUAACCUGGCUUUGUUGUGCACCAACCCAUCUCCCACAUUGAGGCCAUCAAUGUCUUCUGUAGUGAGUAUGGUGGAAGGCAAAAUUCCAGUCCAAGCUCCAAUAAUCAAGCGUGGUUCCAUGGAUCAGGAUGCAAGGUUUAAAGCCUUUGAAAUUUUGUCUCAUGACAGCCAAACUCACAUCUCCAAGUUCUCUCAGGAUAUUCAUGAUCAAGGAAGCAUGUCAAUGGAGGGACCAUGGAUAGAUUCCUCAAUUUCUCUCCCAAGUAAAGGUGAUUCACAAGAGCAUUCAUCAAGUAGGCUUCUUAAGGAUCUUUAAGAUGUUAAAUUGAAGUAAACUGAGGCAUGAUUGAUGAAGUAGCUAAUACUUAUAUAUAGGACAGUUAUGAAGAUGUGUUGAUUCUUGUGUAAAUUAUUGUUUGCUUGAUCUAUAACAAUAGCUUUGAAAGUGUGUAAAGCUUCUUUCUUUUACUAAAAUAUUUAAAACAUGUUUCAUUGUUUUGUCAAUCCUUUUAAGUCUUACAAUUAAUUAAUAUCUUAAUUCCAAUGUUCAA